CGUUAGCUUUGCGCGUGUUACGGAAAGGGUGCGUGUCGAUCACGAUUAACAUAUGCUAUAUCGUAGCGGGAAUUUUGUCUCCAGCCUAAGAAGGAUAGUUGAGGUAAACUUAAACGAUAAAUUAAUCAAACGAUAAAGACAAGUAACAGACAUAUUUUCUUUUCAAUUAAUACCUUAAGCAAAGUGAUUAUAUUUGUGCGCGCGACUCCAGUUUAAUGAAGAUACUAGUAGUAGUAUUAGUAGUAGUUGUAGUAACAGUAGUAGUGUACUAAAAGUAAUAAUAGUAUUAGUGUAGUGUAGUGUAGUAAUAGUAGAGAAUUAAAAUGUCGAUGCCGGUACCGGUAUUUUAUCGAGCUUUAUUCGAACAACAAGGAUAAAAAGAGAUGGCAAUAGUGCGCUCGCGCGACUCUUCUCCUCUCUUUUCACUUAAUCUUUCCAUGCGCCUUUUUUGACAGCUAAAAAUACUAUUUUUGAUGAACCAACCAACCAACCAACCAACCAUCCGACCGACCGACCGAACCGAACUUUCCUUCGAACUCAGCGACUAUUUCGAAUAUCUUUGAAGAUACUUCAACAUGUCUCAUCACUUUGUUACUGUAUGCGUAGUAUGUGUUUUAUGUGCUGCACAUAUUCCAUGCUCUGCACAUACAGUUUUUCAAAUAACAGAUGCAACAACAACAACAACAACAACAACAUUAUCAUCCCAUGACAUUAUUAAUUAUGAUAAUAUAACUACUAAUUCAACAAGUCAAUCGUCAAUAUCUGAAUCAAGAUCUAAACAAUUGUUACAACUUAAGGAUUAUUUUAAGAUAAGACAUAAUAAUACGUCAGAUAGAAAGAAGGACAACGUUAAAAGGUCCAUUAAUACUCAAGAAAUGAAUGGAAUGAAUAAAACUAUGUCGAUAAUUGAUAAUAAAUCUUAUUCCGAAAAGAAAGUUUUGAUUAAGAGGAAGAUUGUUAAAAGUAAUAAUAAUAAUAAUAAUGAAGAAGAAGAAGAAGAAGAAAUGCAUAAGAGUGAUGAUGAUGAUGAUGUUGUUGUCAAUGUAUUAUCGAACAAUCAUUUGGAAAUUAUGGAAAGACUUGGUCAAAUUCAACCAAUUCGUCAAAAACAUGGAUCAUCAUCCUCCAUGUAUUUGAAUAAUGAUGAUCAUAGCAAAGAUUCAUCAUCUAGGAUACGAAAAAAAAGGAAUACAGAUGUGAUUGGGAAGAAUCACAUGAAGAAAAUCUUUGAGGCCUAUGGUGAUGGUCAUGAUAUUAAAAUGGAGGGUUUUGAAAUGAUGUUAAAAAAAUUAGGUUUAUUAACACUUUUGAUUGAUUCUACAAAAUUAGAUGAUGAUCAUAAUGUGGACAUCAAUCAGUCGGAUAAUCAAUUGGAUAGUAAAGCUUUACGACAUAAUAAUGGCCUACAAGAUAAAAGUGGAAUUAAUAAAGAACGGUGCUUAAACAGUAAAGAAUUGCUAAAUAUGGUUGCACAAGGUAUCCCAUAUAAUUCAAAAAACAAUGACACGACAAUACCAAGCUGGCUUUUUGAACGUGUUUGUCCAGUUCUCCUUUAUCAGUUGUUAGGAGAAUCAAGUUCAGAAAGAACUGGAUGUAUUCGAGUACCACAAAGUUAUAAAACUGUUAUGGAUGAUACUGAUUAUCAUUCAGAAGAUUUAAAUCGUAACAUGUUUCAAGUGUGGUUGUACUCAACAAUUAGCAUUUUAGUUAUAAGUCUUUGUGGUUUGCUUGGUGUAGCAGUAAUACCAGUAAUGGGAAAAGUUUACUAUCAUCAAUUAUUACAAUUCUUAGUUGCCCUAGCUGUAGGAACAUUGUGUGGUGAUGCACUUAUACAUUUAUUACCACACGCAAUGAUGUCACCAAUGUCACAUAAUCAUGAGCAUGGUCAUGAUAAUGAAAAUAAUCUUGUAUUAAAUCACGAAGAACAACAUAAUUUAAAUAUGUGGAAAGGUUUUACAGCUAUGAUUGGUCUAGUGUUGUUCUUUUUCACUGAAAAAGCUUUAACAGUUUUAGCAGAAUGGAGAAAACAUCGUCAACGUCGUAACAAAUUACCAUCACGUGUGAGAGUCAAGAGAGAAUCCGAUGGUCCUAACAGUAAUGCUGUUGGAGAAAAACUUUGUAAACAUAAAUAUUCCUCGUAUCCAUAUUGUUAUGGAGAAAUUACAGCAGAAACACAAGAUAAUCAUCAUAAUCGACAAAACAAGGAAGAUAAACCACCAGCCAUUGAAGAGGAAAAACCAUUAACAGAAAAUUGUAAUUCUGUAUCAAAAAUGAUGACAACUGAUGCAGAGAAAAAAACAACUGACGAUUGGAGAUUGGAUGAUUCCAUUGUAAAUAAUGCAAAAAAGAAUGCUGCUGAUGGUGCUGAUAUACCAUUAAACGAAUCUGAAAGUUAUACAGUUAUUAUACGCGAGCAUGAGACCAAACAUCAUGGUCAUACACACUCGCAUGGUCAUGUACACUCUGCACCAGAAUCAAUGUCAAGUGUAGCUUGGAUGGUUGUAAUGGGUGAUGGCCUACAUAAUUUUACAGAUGGCAUGGCCAUUGGUGCAGCUUUUGCAGCUAAUAUUGCUGGUGGAUUUUCUACAGCUAUUGCUGUUUUUUGUCAUGAAUUACCUCACGAGUUAGGUGAUUUUGCAGUAUUGUUAAAGGCAGGUAUGAGUGCUAAACAAGCAGUCUUUUAUAAUCUUUUGUCAUCGGUGCUGUGCUUAUUUGGUAUGAUACUUGGUGUUUUAUUGGGCAGUACACCUGCAGCAACCAGUUGGAUAUUUUCUAUAGCUGCUGGUAUGUUUAUAUAUAUAGCUUUGGUUGAUAUGAUUCCGGAAUUGUCUUCAAGUCAUUCAGCAGAACGUAGUUCACACUGGCAAUGCUUGUUACAAGCAUUAGGAUUAUCAUUGGGUCUUGGUAUCAUGCUAGUUAUUGCACUUUACGAACACAACCUUAAAAAUAUAUUUAAUAAUUAAAUCAUAUAUAUUGGAAGUAUUUUUGAAAAAAAACUGCACAUUUACCAAUGAAGUUCGUUAUUUAUAAUAAUCAAGCAAGAAGGAGUCUGUUAUAUCGAUAACUAUUAAAGUAUAGAUAAAAUAAUA